AUGAUUUUGACGCUAAUAAGACUGGCCCCAGAAGAAGGGCUGAAGAGCACCAUAUCGGAAUUCACGGAGUGGAAGGAGCAGGAUGAAAAACUGUCCGAGUUCAUCAUAUCUACCCACACUAUCCAUGGUAGCUCGCAGUUCCAGAAGCCCUCUCAUUCCCGGUGGACAUGGGAGUUACUUGGUGGACAGUUCCAUUAUGAUAGUCUACAAGUAGCCGAGGAACGUCUUCCUUUUAACUCCCGAGCUGAUAUGCCAGCGUGGAAUUGCAGAAGCUGCAGGCGAGCCGGAUAUAUCGUCCCUUCAGUUCUAACUUCCGAAAUUCGACAUGCCUUCACGUCGAUGAAGAAUCGUGUGGCGCCCGGACCCGAUAGGGUCAGACCGGAACGUGUAAGGAGUCUUCCACCUCUCAUCAUUAGUACUCUGGCUAAGCUCUUCACGCGGGCUGCAGUGAGCCCUGAAGUCAUUUUCAUGAACAACAAUGCGCGACCGCAUCGAACAUCUCAGGUGGAACCUCUCUUGACCCAAGAAGUUAUCCAGCGAAUGGAGGGGCCUGCCCGUUCUCCCAGCCUGGAUACCCUCGAGCACGUAUAG